CGCAUUGACACGGAAUGGCCAAGUCAGUCAAGUCGCGGCCAGCCUCAUCCGCCGCCGCCGCCGCCGCCGCCGCCACGUCUCAUACAAGCCCAGCCAAUGCACAGCAGCAGCAGCAGCAGCAGCAGCAGGAUCCGCAGGUGGCCGGCGCGGCAGAGCAGACAGCGCCCGAGGAGAGCUACCCGGCCGUCGAUCUGUACGACAGCGUUGCCGUCAAGUCGACGAUGGACGACUCGCUGCGGGGCCUGCUGACGCUCGAGGCCGGCUUCAUUGAGAGCCAUCGCCGCAUGGAUAUCAAGAUCGGGAUGUCGGCUGCGGCGAUCGCGCUGACCGGGUUUGCGCUCGCCUGGGGCUACUUUGUCCCAUUCCCCGAGAGCUCGCUCGUUGUUGGCACAUGCGUCGUCCUCUACUUUGCACUGAUGCUCGUCAUCACGGCGUACACGUUCUUUGCCGAGGGCGUCACCGUGUUUGAGGGUUUGCGCCAGAACGUGUCUGCCACCGCACGGCCAGGCAGCGCCAAGGCCCAAGAGUCGGUCGUCGUCGACUCUGAGUUUAACAAGCUCAAGCACGAAUACACGCUCAAGAUCACGUUGCAACGGUACGGCAAGGCGCCAGUCACAGAGUCGCUCUCCAAGCCGGUGGGCAGCUACUUUCACAGCGACGGCUACUUUGCCGAGACUGCGUUCGACUCGGAUGCCCGAAAACUGCUCAAGCAGGUCGAGUCCAAGCUGGCAUGAGAUGGCGAGGGGUGGUGCAUGUCCGUCUGAUGUGUUUACAACAAAAAUACGAAGCUGAAACAACUAAAAGAAACGC